AAACCAUUAAUAAAAUACAAACCAAACAUUACAUUAGCACAAAUAAUUAAUGGCUAUUCAUACUUUUAAGCUUGUCAUUUUACUUUCGUUGGUAGUCGAUAGCAUUAGUUCCUUCCAAUCCAUUAGCGAGAACAGAAGUUUGGUUUCUAAAGAAGGAAGCUUUGAGCUUGGCUUCUUCAGCCCAGGGAGUUCAAAGAAUCGUUAUUUGGGAAUUUGGUACAAGAAUAUCCCAAUUCAAACUGUCGUUUGGGUUGCAAAUCGAUGUAGCCCAAUCAAUGAUUCGUCUGGCUUGUUGAGGAUAGAUAAUACGACAGGCAAUCUUGAGCUUCUGUAUCAAAACAAGAGUGUCGUAUGGUCAGCGAUCUUAUCGAAACGAGCGAAGAAACCCAAGGUUGAACUACUAGAUUCUGGUAAUCUUGUCAUAACAGAGGAAGAAGAUUUAAACCAAGAAAACUAUUUGUGGCAGAGCUUUGAUUAUCCCUCGGAUACGUUGCUAUCCGGGAUGAAACUUGGAUGGGACUUGAGGAGCGGUCUAAACCGGCGUUUAUCAGCAUGGAAGAGCUGGGAUGAUCCUUGUUCGUCGAAUUUCACUUGGGGAAUUGAAUUUGAUGAACAACUUCAUUCAUUACCCCAAGCAAUUAUAAGAAAAGGGUCUGUGGAAUUUUUUCGAAGUGGGCCAUGGAAUGGCCUGAGCUUGGGUGCUCUUGAGUCAACUCCUGAUAUGAAGCGGCUCUCGAAUUUCGAAUUUGUUUACAAUGAAAAUGAAGUUUAUUACACUUACAAUCUCAAGAACAAGUCGUUGAUCUUAAUAAUGGUCUUGAAUUUGACGACGAACAGUCGUAGGGGAUGGACAUGGAUUGAAAGCAAGAAAAUCUGGAAUCCUUAUUUUACAUCUCCGACGGAUUUGUGUGAUAACUACGGCCAUUGUGGAGCUAAUGCAAACUGUAACAUGUCUAACAGUCCAAUCUGCCAAUGCCUAUCUGGGUUUAAGCCCAAGUCUCCAGAAGAAUGGGAUUCAAUGGAUUGGUCUCAAGGAUGUGUCCGAGAGAAUCCUUCGAGCUGCCAAAUGGAUAAACCAAAAGGCGAAUUUGUGAAAAUUUCAAGCUUAAAAUUGCCAGAUGCAAAGCAUUCUUGUGGGAACCGGAGUAUGAAUCUAAACGAGUGCAAGGCCAAGUGUUUGAGCAACUGUUCUUGCAUGGCUUAUUCAAACUCUGAUAUUAGAGGACAAGACAGUGGUUGUGCCCUAUGGUUUGGUGAUCUCUUAGAUAUUAGAGUAUACAACUCUGGUGGACAAGAUUUAUAUAUUCGUAUGUUAGAUUCAGAGCCAGGAAAAUUUAAUAAUAAGGUGAGAACAGCUGUGAUAGUUGUGGCUGUAGUUGGAAGUGUUUCAGGGAUGAUAUUACUUGGAUUUUUCCUUCACAGAAGGAGAGGCUUAAAAGCAGAGAGAAGUGAAAAGAUGUAUCAGAAUGGAGGUGAAGAGGAAGAUUUUGAGCUUCCCUUGUUCACCUUUUCAACAUUAGCUACAGUAACUGAUAACUUUUCAGAAAAGAAUAUGCUUGGAGAAGGUGGUUUUGGACCUGUAUUCAGAGGCAAGUUAAAAGAUGGACUAGAAAUCGCAAUUAAAAGGCUAUCAAUGAGUUCAGGACAAGGAGUGAAUGAGUUCAGAAAUGAAGUGAAGUUAAUUGCCAAACUUCAACAUCGGAAUCUUGUAAAGCUUCUUGGUUAUUGCAUUGAUGGAGAAGAGAAAUUGCUUGUUUAUGAAUAUUUGCCCAACAAAAGUCUUGAUUCUUUCAUUUUUGAUCAAACACUAAGUAGACUAUUAGAAUGGCCAAAGCGUUUCCAAAUUAUUUGCGGAAUUUCUCGAGGACUUCUCUAUCUCCAUGAAGAUUCUAGAAUGAGAAUUGUACAUAGAGAUCUUAAAGCUAGUAAUGUACUACUUGAUCAUGAGAUGAAUCCAAAAAUUUCGGACUUUGGCAUUGCUAAGACUUUUGGAGGAGAUCAAACAGAGGGGAACACAAAGAGAGUAGUAGGAACUUACGGUUAUAUGGCGCCUGAAUAUGCUUUUGCUGGCUUAUUCUCAACCAAGUCCGACGUCUUUAGCUUCGGUAUAGUGGUAUUGGAGAUUAUAAGUGGAAUGAAAAGUAGAAACUUUCAACAAGAAAAUGGUGUUAACUCUCUUAUUGGACAUGCAUGGACAUUGCUGAAGGAAGGAAGGUCAAUGGAACUAAUCAAUGAGUGGUUAAGAGAUUCAUACGACAAUUUGCAGCAAGUGUUGCAUUGCAUCCAUGUUGGUCUCUUAUGUGUUCAACAGAGUCCGAUGGAUAGGCCUACCAUGUCAACUGUCAUAUUUAUGUUAGGAAGGGAGAAUGAAGUGUUGCCUCAACCAAAACCACCAGGCUAUUAUUUCAUGGUGGAAACUUAUUCACAAGAACCAAAUCAUUCUUUCAAUAUUCUCCACACAUAUACUUCAACAAAUAGUAUGACCCUCACAUUUGGAGGUCGAUAGGGCCAUUAAGGUUAGAGCAUCAUAAAUCCCCUUUUCUUUUCUUUUCUUUCUUUUUUUGACUUGUAGAUUUAGGAUGAAGAGAAGAAUGGGCCUACUCAUCAUUCUUAUGUAUGGCUUUCAAAUUGACAGCAAAAAAAAAAAAACUAUAUAUAUAAGGAGCGACUACCAUGCAUCCUCUUUUUUUACAACAA